AUGGACUAUUGCUCUGAUGGUCUAUCCUCAAAUGCUAGAUCACAGCUGACAUUCCUUCUGCAGCUCGCUCCUCUCAAUCCCCGUCCCUUUUUGCAAGCCAAAAUUGGCACUGAAAUCCUCGUCCGCCUUAAGUGGGGCCAAUCCGAGUACAAGGGUACUCUCCAGAGCGUGGAUUCGUACAUGAACCUGCUACUACACAACACAGAAGAGUUUGUGGACGGAGACAAACGCAGCGACCUGGGCAUCGCACUUAUUCGUUGCAACAACAUUCUCUAUGUUUCUUCGUGGGGCGGUAUUGAGAUGACCAACAUGGAAUACAAAUAA